AGAUCUGCAAAUUCUCCCCAAAAAAAAAAAGACUAGAUCUGAGAAAUCAGGUCGAUGGAUCUGAUGCGCUACCAACCUACUAUCGGCGGCUCCGCCAGGGAUGCCCCGCCUGAGGCAGGAUGCGAGAGCCGGAAGCGGGUAGACGGAUGUCAUGACAUCAAACAGGAUUCCUCUAAGAAACGAGGGCUUUCGGGAGAAGAACUCAAACAGUUUCUCUAUGAGUCCUCUAGGAAAUCUGAGAUUUCGGAACGAGAGUUACAACAGAUAUUUGUGAAGAUCAUCAAUGGUACCGAUCCUAACCAUAAAUUGUCUGAAAGGGAAGCCGAAUCCACAAGGAGUCUGUUAGAUACCUGGAGAAUGCAGGGAGAUUUACUUGUAUUGCCUUACGAGGAAUACGUAAAGAGGGUGUUUAUUUCUGACGAGGAAUUUCGAAAGCUAUGCAAGGAAGCCGAGGCAGCUAGGAAACUGGAGAUAGCUGAAAAAAAACAAACAGGUAAGCCUGAUGUAAAGCCUAAACUUUGUGAAGUUUGUAUGAAGGUCGGGGACCACAUGUCAAUUAGAUGUCCCUACUUGGAGGAUGUUCCAAACCCUGACACCACAGUUGUUGGUAAGGGCUAUGAAAUAUGUUGCCAUCACUGCCUUGAGUCGGAUCAUGGCCACCCCAAGGGAAGCUGGGCAGGAUUUGCAUAUAAAUUGAGUAAUGAUGAAGAAUGCUUAGAUGAAGACUCAGAGUCUGAAUCAGAUGAUGAGCCUUAACUUUGUGAAGGUCGUGGACCACUUGUUAUUUAUAUGUCCCUACUUGUAUGGCAAGUCUGAUCCCUGAAGACAUACUAUGAUGUAGCGAUUAACUAUGUAGCGAUUAACUACUUGAUUCAAGCAGUAUUUUAGAUGGGCAGAGAACUGUUAUGUGAAUAAGAACCUCUAGAAGUGUAUAUGUUGUUAAGAAUUAAACUUAUCAUUGUCCUACUGCUGUUUGCCUCUCUU